UGGCGGAGGCAGGGGGAUAGACAUGACCGCCGCCUGGGCGCCGGCGCUGCACCGGGAGCCCCUCGUCGCGCGCGGGCGGUUUGUGUGAUUUUGCUAAAAUGCAUCACCAACAGCGAAUGGCUGCCUUAGGGACGGACAAAGAGCUGAGUGAUUUACUGGAUUUCAGUGCGAUGUUUUCGCCUCCGGUAAGCAGUGGGAAAAAUGGACCAACUUCUUUGGCGAGUGGACAUUUUACUGGCUCAAAUGUAGAAGACAGAAGUAGCUCAGGGUCCUGGGGGAAUGGAGGCCAUCCAAGCCCAUCCAGGAACUAUGGAGAUGGGACUCCCUAUGACCACAUGACCAGCAGGGAUCUUGGGUCACAUGACAAUCUCUCUCCACCUUUUGUCAAUUCCAGAAUACAAAGUAAAGCAGAAAGGGGCUCAUACUCAUCUUAUGGGAGAGAAAACGUGCAGGGUUGCCACCAGAGUCUCCUUGGAGGGGACAUGGAUAUGGGCAAUCCAGGAACCCUUUCGCCUACCAAACCUGGCUCCCAGUACUAUCAGUAUUCUAGCAAUAACACCCGGCGGAGGCCUCUUCACAGUAGUGCCAUGGAGGUGCAGACAAAGAAAGUCCGAAAAGUCCCUCCAGGUUUGCCCUCCUCAGUCUACGCUCCUUCAGCAAGCACCGCCGACUAUAAUAGGGACUCACCAGGCUAUCCUUCCUCCAAACCAGCGGCGAGCACCUUCCCUAGCUCCUUCUUCAUGCAAGAUGGCCAUCACAGCAGUGACCCUUGGAGCUCCUCCAGUGGAAUGAAUCAGCCUGGCUAUGGAGGGAUGUUGGGCAAUUCCUCUCAUAUUCCACAGCCUAGCAGCUACUGUAGCCUGCAUCCACAUGAACGUUUGAGCUACCCAUCACACUCCUCAGCAGACAUCAACUCCAGUCUUCCGCCAAUGUCCUCGUUCCAUCGUAGUGGCACAAACCAUUACAGCACCUCGUCCUGCACACCUCCUGCCAACGGGACAGACAGUAUAAUGGCAAAUAGAGGAACUGGGGCAGCAGGCAGUUCCCAGACUGGAGACGCUCUGGGGAAAGCCCUGGCUUCGAUCUAUUCUCCAGAUCACACUAACAACAGCUUUUCAUCAAACCCUUCAACGCCUGUUGGCUCCCCUCCUUCGCUCUCAGCAGGCACAGCUGUUUGGUCCAGAAACGGAGGACAGGCCUCAUCAUCUCCUAAUUAUGAAGGACCCUUGCACUCUUUGCAAAGCCGGAUUGAAGACCGCUUAGAAAGACUGGAUGAUGCAAUUCAUGUUCUCCGGAAUCAUGCAGUGGGCCCGUCCACAGCUGUGCCUGGUGGCCAUGGGGACAUGCAUGGGAUCAUCGGACCUUCUCAUAAUGGAGCGAUGGGUGGCCUGGGCUCAGGGUAUGGAACUGGCCUUCUUUCAGCCAACAGACAUUCACUCAUGGUUGGGGCCCACCGUGAAGAUGGCGUGGCCCUGCGAGGCAGCCAUUCUCUCCUGCCAAACCAGGUUCCGGUUCCACAGCUUCCUGUCCAGUCUGCAACUUCCCCUGACUUGAACCCACCCCAAGACCCUUACAGAGGAAUGCCACCAGGUCUUCAGGGCCAGAGUGUGUCUUCUGGCAGCUCCGAGAUCAAAUCUGAUGAUGAGGGCGAUGAGAACCUGCAAGACACAAAAUCUUCUGAGGACAAGAAAUUAGAUGACGACAAGAAGGAUAUCAAAUCAAUUACUAGGUCAAGAUCUAGCAAUAACGAUGAUGAGGACCUGACCCCAGAGCAAAAGGCAGAACGUGAAAAGGAACGGAGGAUGGCUAACAAUGCCCGUGAGCGCCUGAGGGUCCGUGAUAUCAAUGAGGCUUUCAAAGAGCUGGGCCGCAUGGUGCAGCUCCACCUGAAGAGUGACAAGCCACAGACCAAGCUCCUGAUUCUCCACCAGGCCGUGGCUGUCAUCCUCAGCCUGGAGCAGCAAGUGCGAGAAAGGAAUCUGAACCCAAAAGCUGCCUGCCUGAAAAGAAGGGAGGAAGAGAAAGUGUCCUCAGAGCCUCCCCCUCUGUCCUUGGCUGGUCCACACCCUGGGAUGGGAGAUGCAGCGAAUCACAUGGGACAGAUGUGAAAGGGUCCAAGUUGCCACCUUGCUUCAUUAAAACAAGAGACCACUUCCUUAACAGCUGUAUUAUCCUAAACCCACAUAAACACUGCUCCUUAACCCCUUUUUUUGUAAUAUAAGACAAGUCUGAGUAGUUAUGAAUCGCAGACGCAAGAGGUUUCAGCAUUCCCAAUUAUCAAAAAGCAGAAAAACAAAAAAAGAAAGAAAGAAAGAAAGAAAGAAAGAAAGAAAGAAAGAAAGAAAGGAAAAGUGCAACUUGAGGGACGACUUCUUUAACAUAUCAUUCUGAAUGUGCGAAGCGGUAUGUACAGGCUGAGACACAGCCCAGAGACUGAACGGCAAUCCUUCCACACUGUGGAGCAAUGCAUUUGUGCCUAAACUUCUUUUGGAAAAAAAAAAAAUAUAAUUAAUUUGUAAGUCUGAAAAAAAUAUUUAAUUUAAAAAAAUUGUAAACUUGCAAUAAUGAAAAAGUGUACUUCUGAAGAAAACGACAUGAACGUUUUUGUUGGUAUUCAAGUCAGCUAGUGUUUCUAAUGACCGGAUAUUGGAUAGGGGAAGCCCGGCUACCCUCAUAACAAAACCAGCAAACGUCCUGAUGGCAACGAAGUGAUGACAUUAGCCAUUCCUUAGGGUAGGAGGGACAGAUGGAUGUUAUAGACCUAUGACAAAUAUAUAUAUAAAUAUAUAUAUAAAUAUAUAUUAAAAAUUUAGUGACUAUGGUAAGCUUUUGUUCAUUUGUUUCAGACUUUUUUCUCCUGUAAAAAAAUAGUACUGAUUAACUUUUUUAAAAGAAAGAUUUUACUGUAAAUAUGGAUUUUUUUUUUUUUUUUGGUCUGAUUUUUGUCCUUUUCCCCAGUUUGUUAUCGUAACCUGUAGUGCCAACUCUGCUUCCGGAGGGGCGGUGCAGGACGGAAGUGCUGACCCUGAUGUUGCUUCUCAUUCAUAAAUAGUAGAAAGUUGUUUCUCCAGUCUUUUGGGAACACAGGACUUAAAAAUCACAUCAUGUGUAGAAAUUACAUGCAGCAUUGCCCAGGCAAGGCAAAAAGAGUUUGUCCGGCUUGUGGCGCUGCCCUUGCGACCCUCUCCUGGGAUUUUCAGAGGUACACGGUUAGAAUGCUACAAUGUUACCACUGUGCCUUCCAAUGUUUAUAUCAUCGGAAACAUAACAUAAUCAAAGUGGCUGUGAUUUAACAAAACGAUUCAAGUGUUACCUACCUGUGUAGCCGAAGUAGUGUGCAGUGAGGCGUUUCUGAAUACAUGGUCAGAUUUUUGGAAAAAAUACAAAAACUUAAAAAAAAAAAAAAAAAAAAGUCAAGUUCAAAAACCGUCAAAUGAGAAAAUUGCAAGUAGUGUGACCGAGCUGAUUGAUUUUGUUGCUUUCUUUCUUUCUUUCUUUCUUUUUUUUUUUCAAAAUGGGUUUACUAAAAAGUAGAUGACUUACUUGCCUCCUCCUUCGUCUGAAAAAUGCCAACCAAUCAUGCAGCAUUAUAACAAGCCUUAUAAGUCCUGAAGCAUUAAGUUGCACUUUUAUGAGGAGGGGUAGUGCAGUAUUCUCUGGCCAGUAUGAAUGAAGUUUAUACUUAACAUUUGAUAGAAACAUAGAUCAAACUAUGGCACAGCAACUCAUCAGAUAGCUAGCGUUGACUCUGGGCACAACUGAACCAAUUCCCAUCCGAAAUCUUCCUAAUGGUUGACUUUGGUGUGUAGUGCAGUAUACAAGUAGUGCUUCUACUUAAGCAUCUGUCAGCAUCCUUUCGUCUCUAACUGGUUUCUAUUUUUACAGCCACACAAUCUUGGCAUGUAUUAAGAAAAAAAAUCCCUGUUGAAGUAGUUUUUCCACCUAUCAGCACUGAGUAAAUGCCAUAAAUCCAUGGAAAUGGUCUAAAUGCCCCAUCUGUUUUACCAGUUCCGUAGUGAUGAAACACAUUUGUAAAUUUUAUGCAACCAAUGGCAAACCUAUCAUUAUUUUGAAACUGUGUAUGUAAAAGUUAUAUUUUUACAUGUAGACUCUUGUUAUUAUGUGUUUUAAUACAUUGUAUCAAGUUUUUUGUUUUUUUUCUAAACUGUGUGGUUUAAAAAAAAAGUCAUUUAAAUGAAAUAGUGAGCUACAAGAAUCUGAAAUUUAUGUUCAUUUCCGAAAAUGUAAGAACAAAUAAGAUAGUUACCACGUGGUCACCUUUACAAACCCAUAAACAUUUUGAUUAGCUGUGUGUGUGUGUGUAUGUGUGUGUGUGUGUGAGUGUAUGUGUGUGUGUGUGUGUGUGUGUGUGUGUGUGUGCGCACGCAUGCGUGUUGAAAACUGUAAAUAUGUUCAGUAGUGAUAAAACUAAAAUGCUUUGAUUUGUUGAUAAGUUCCUAAAAUGUGGAGGUGGAUUGAAAACGUAGGAGAAUAGCAGAAAUCAAAUUUCAUGAAAAGUUCUUCGGGGGCUUUCUUGUGAAAUAUGCGAACAAAGGGGCUCAAAGAAGAGCAUGAAAGACAAUAAUGUACACUCCCCUCCUCCCUAAAUGAUGGAAACCAUGUGUACUUGUUCUCUCCCCCAUGUUAAAGAUUUCCUUUUCGUGAUCCAUUCUGCACUCACUUUGUAUAGUCUACCAAGGCGGGUAUCCCUAGGAACAUUAUUAUUAUAUAGGAAGCAGGUAUACUCUGAUCACAUUCAGGAUAAGUGUAUAGAAGAGAAUAUGGUGUUUACUCUAGGGAACUGGAAAUACUCCCUGCAUUGAUGUACAUUUUCAGAAUGGCACUUUUGAUACAUGUUAUCGUAAAGGUGCUUACUAAAGCUGAAUUAAAAGUUUUUCAAAUCUGUAAACAAAGCAAAAAAUUAAAUUAUAGUCAUUUGAUUUUUUUUUCAAUUGGUGCUUUUAUAUUCUGUUCUCACUCAAACAGAGGAAAAGCUGCGAUUUCUUGUUCACCAGCUUUGAUGUAUUCAUUACUUGGUAAUGUAAUACAGCUAUUGUCAAAUUCCUUUUGGAAAUAAGCAAAAGACUCCCUAAAGGCCACCAGAAGCUGCUGGCUGCAUUCUGCUCGGUGGAGAAAGAUGAUCUGACCUUCUCUGUAGUAAUUGGGUUGUAUCUCCAGUUUAAAAGAAAAGAAGAAAGGGAAUGUGGCCUUUUUAAUGUGUUUUUUCUUGUUGUUAUUUUGUAAUUUUCAAACCCAGGUAAGAUAUUGGUAUUCCUGCACUGGAUUUUUUGAAAGAAACUUAGCAGAAGACAGGAUUGAAAUACUAUACAAACAUUGCAUAAGGGUCCAUACUACACUAGAUAUAUACGAUGUGGUGAUGCAUAGGUUAGGGAUCAGUUUAGAGGCUCAGACUUUGAAAGCAACUUGCAACAGUUGAUCCACCUCCACAUUCAAGUAAUUUAUGAAUAUGCAGAGUUAGGGAUUUAUCCAUGUAGGAGGCUCUUACCAUCUGUCUUCUGUGUAGAUAUGAGGAACACUAAUGCUUAUAAAACUCCAGUUCAUCCAGUCGUACAACUGAUUCUGACUCAGUCUUCCGAUUCCUGGUUCUGUUUUGUUUUUCCACGUUUUUUCCCAUCUCUUGAUUUAUUAUUAUUAUUAUUAUUAUAUUAUUAUAUUAUUAUUUGUGAUCUUUGUUUUGAUGAGGGGUUGGGAAGUGGGAGGGAGUCGAACUGAGACUUGGGGGGUAAGAGGAUUUUUUUUCAUCUUUGCAUCCAACAGGCAGAAUAUGAUCUGUGUCCAAAACUGAACUUAAGUCAGGAAUGAAACGAUUCAGCAUAAACAAGCACAAAAAAAAAAAAAAAAAAAAAAAAAAAAAAA